AUGUCUUUCCUCGUGAGGGGCUUGAUUUCACCAGGCCUUCGCGGACUCGACUCAGCCGGCGCAAGGCUCACGGAGAUAUCCAACGGUGUCGUCAGCUUUUCUUGUCCAAGAACUGUUUCAGAGGUCUUACUGCUUCGGUCUAAAACUAGUUUGGCUACAAUUGGACUGCCACAGGGCCCACAGUUGCAACCAUCCGUCGGUGAAAGGGCUGGGGGACUGUAUACGCAGAAUAUAGCGCCGGUUGGAGCGUGGGGGUCUACGGCAACAAUCUGCGUUCAGAAGCGCACUCUAUACUGGCCUCCGGCGCGGAAGGACAGGUCAAAACGAAUAAGACUUCCUUCGGGCAAAAAAUGCUUCGUUUUCAAUGCUAAGAGAGACCAAGAUGGCGAUCUGGAGCCGGUCCUCUGCUUCGUCGACAGCCAAGACAACCUCCUGAUGUGGUUCAACGAAGAAGAACUCUUGGAGUUCGAAAAACUGGUGCCUCGUCUGGAAAGCUACUACGAACUGUGGGAAGAGAAGGCGUCACGCGUUCGAAUGAAGGAAGCCAUCGUAGCUGAAGCACAACGCGAAUUUCCGCAUAUAGGACUGGACGGCUGA